AUGCAAGAAUUGCAAGAUAACAAGCUCUUGAUCGAACGGGCGAAAUGGAUCAGUCAGUUUCGGCCUUUGGAGAGAUUCAACACAAUCCUGCAGAUUCAGAAUACGAGCUCAUUUUUCGGCCACCUUUCCGAUGUUUUUAACGGUAGAAAAAGAAGAGAGAAUCGAUACUUGUCGGUCAUCAAGUGCUUAUACGAACCAGAACUGGACCUGUUCGCACUACUCAUCAGGACGUAUACUGUCAUUCAACACACACCGAACUCUUUCGCCCAAAUCCAACAUUUCCUUUCCUACGAGUCGAGACAUGAUACCCAAAUCACCGAAAACUCGUUUGAAAUCUCAAACGACUCUGUCUGUUCACCUACAUACCGAACACCGUCGCCUUUCAGCCAGCUCUCCACCGAUUCGAGAAGGUAG